AUGAACAAAACUGAAUACAUAUUUUGGAAAAAAAGCGUCACAAAGCUGCUUUACGGCACGCCUCCUCAAACUCACUGUCUCGCCGCCGAGGCUUCGUUCGACGUCUUCUCCAGUGUGGAGUCGACGACGACGACCGUGGCCGGAAAGGACGUACCUCCGGCGUCCGAGGAGCUGGACAAUCCGGCGGCCCGUAAGCUAGCGGAGUACUUCUCCAAGACCACCCUACGGCGGCCGAAACUGCCGCCCCCGCCGCCACCGCCACCGCGCAAGGCGAAGGCGAACCGCGUGACCGUCACCUUGGCGGAGGACGCGGAGCAGCCUGGUGUAAAUAGCAGUCCUGUGAUGGUCGUCGUUCCAGCGGGCGACGACGCGGCAACUGUACAUACCCACGAAAGCGCUUCAAGCACGGAUACUAACCCAGUCGUCGACUAUCGUCAGCUUUCCUCCUGUCCAAGCGAUGAGUCGCAGUCAAAAAACGUCCAGGCACCCACUGGAGGUACAGCAAGCAAUCCUAUGUCCAGUUCGUAUGGCACCUCUGAGCUCGGCAAGGGGCUCCCCAGCUCGAUCAUGGAGCGCUACAAGGGCGCCGCCAUUCGCAUCACGACGUGCGGAACUAUCGAGAGCCCGGCGGAGGUGGUCGAGUGUGAUUACACCGUCUCCGACAGCAGCCACGUCGGCGAGGGCCAAGAACCCGGCCCCACUUGCAUCACGAUUUCUGCCACCAGGCGGUCCUGUUUGAGCAACAUCCUGGUCAUCAAAAAUGACGUAGAACUUCCACUGGCUGGCCGAGGAGCCUGCAGCAUCCUCGAUGAGGACUUGCAAAAGGACCUGGAGGAAGUAGAGGCUCUAUACGAAGAAAUCAGUGAACCGAUCUACGAAGAAGUCCUCGCCGAAGACGGCAGCAAAUCGACCGCCGUGGAAUACGAACUCUGUCUCAAGCGCUGCUUGCUCGGCGAGGACCAACACGUCAAGUCCCUGUUUGACGGGGCUUCCAGAGACGAGAUCUUGAUGUACUUGGAAGGGGUUCGGGACCGAGCCGGACUCGUCAGCAUUGACGAGGAUCCGGGUCCCUUGCUGGACGUGACGAUAGGUCGGAGGAACAGCCAGAACCGCACGAGCAACAUCAGCACUGCAUCGGACUCCAGCGACGACUCGUCGACGAGAUUUGCGCUGAGUGACUUCCUGAAAAACAAGGACCGUCGGGGAUCUGUGGAGGUCGAGCGCAACGAUUCCGGCGUCGGUUCGGAGACGAGCAAACCUUCGUUGACGAGACGUUACCAGAUUUCUUCCUUGGCUCCACCGAGGCCUUUGCGAACGGCCAAAUCAUGCGAAGGAACUCCCCCGCAAGAAGAAGAGGAAACGCUUUGCAGCUCGGAGAAUCAUACUUGUGAGGACUGCGAUCUGCCCAUCAGCAACAGAGUCGUCCAAAGGAUCUUGCUGACUAGCUGUCUUGAGUGCCACACUGCAUUAUUGGAUCCCCCGCAGGAAACUUUACGAUGCCAUAAACGCAUUCUUGGCAAGCAAUGCUCACAUUCCGCGGUUUGUGUCAACUCCCCUUUUUCGUUCCGGGCCUGGCAUCUUUUGGACGGCGGCGACUCAAGGUCAUUCGGAUGUUCGCCGCUGCGCAUUCCCCAUGUCCAUCGCGUCGUGGGCACAACGAUGCCGAUUUUGUAG